AAUUGUUAAGGUCAGUAGUUGAAAAUGAAUAGAGAAUGAUUGACGGAAUUAUGUCCAAAAACAAAGUCCCAAGCAUCAUCGAAGAACCCUAUACCCGCAACACGGAAGACCAAUUCCUAACAUCACAGGUUCAGACAUCCUAAAAGUAACACGUGUUUGGGUCUGUUUGGCUUCCCCCAAGCCAGAAUAAAACGUGUUUGAAAACAAGAAUUUGAGACAGACCAGCCCUUGAAUCAUCUAUGAAGUUGUCGUUUUGCUUUUGAUUGACCAACGCGCAAACCACCUUCCUUUAAUUAAUGGUUGGCGGCCAAUAUUUGGGGACUUUCUUCUCAAAGUCCAAGUUCAUAUUACUUAGGCUUUUUAAGUACACCUAUACCAGCAUGUUCUGGCUGGUACAAACUAUUUCUUCAUUAUUUUUAUUAAUCAAGAUAUCAACGUAUUAAACGUUGAUUACUUAUUUAAACUAAUAAAGGUUCUCCUUAAGAGUUGAAGCAAUUAAUAAAAAGUAAAGUUGUGGAAGUGAAAAUGGCAGUUUUGACUUGGAUCGUCCUUCAAUAUGUGAGUUUGCUAUCGCUUUUUCCUGUGUUCUAGAAAGGCAGCAACUGACUUGCAGCCUCCCCCUUCAUACAUAAAGCUGACUCAGACCUUUCUCAAUUCUCAUUGCCGUUUUUCUCUUUCUCUGUUCGGCUUCUAGCUUCCCAAUUUUUUUCUCUUUGGAAUUUUCUUGGUUCCUUUUGCAGUUUCCAGCAGUUUGUCACACCUUCAUUUUCCAUGUUAACCUGAUCAACCAUCAAUAUUUUGUGUUUCAAACUUGCUUGAUUUCAUUAUCUCUUUAUAAAAAUUACCGAAUGUGUUUUGUUUUAUUACUAUGGUUUUUGAUCGCUAGCUUUUCGAUCAUUACAAUAGUUUUGAUUGACAGUUUUAGUACAGUAAAUUUUCGGUUCUUUUUCUAAGUCCAAAUUUUGGUUCCUCCUAAGUUGUUUUUUUUUUUUUUUUUUUCUUCCUUGGGUUGGGCAUCUCUUGUCCUCAAAGAAAAGAACUGUUCUUGGAGUGACAGAAGAAUCACUUUUCUUGAGCACAAAGACUUUUGAGUUUUCUUGAAACUUAUAGAGGUAUAUCUCUCUCAAAUUAACUCCCUGUUUUUCCAAAAAUGAAGGCCGAAAACAACAAUCCGGCUAUCUCAUUCUCAAAGCUCUUUAAUGCACAAUUGCACUUUUUCAAAGUCCUCUCUUAUUUCCUUCUCUUUGGCUGUGGGCUAUCUCUCGGAGUCAUACUCAGUUUUCAUCUCAAGAACUUUUCACUUGAUCUAUAUAUCACACAAUUGUCUAUGAAUACAAUAUCACUACCACCGUUGGCACCGCCACAAUCAUUUAAUCCGGCUACUGAAACAACAUCUCACGUUGGUAGAGUUGGAUUGACAGAAUUUCUCAAGCCACCAAAUGUAAUGCAUGACAUGGAUGAUAAAAAGCUCCUAUGGAGGGCUUCAAUGACUCCCCGAAUUCCUGAAUAUCCAUUCGAUCGACUUCCUAAAGUCGCUUUCUUGUUCUUGACCAAAGGGCCUGUUUUAUUGGCUCCAUUGUGGGAGAAAUUCUUCAAAGGACAUCAUGGGAUGUAUUCAAUCUACGUGCACUCCAAUCCUUCUUUCAAUCUAUCAGAGCCUAAAGAUUCAGUCUUCUAUGGCAGAAGAAUUCCAAGCAAGGAAGUAGAAUGGGGAAAUGUGAACAUGAUUGAAGCCGAGCGUCGCCUUCUAGCCAAUGCACUGUUGGAUUUCUCAAACCAAAGAUUUGUUCUUCUGUCGGAAUCAUGCAUUCCACUCUUUAACUUGUCAACUGUCUACUCUUACCUCAUCAACUCUUCCCAGAGUUUCGUGGAGUCGUAUGAUUUAAAUGCCUCCGCUGGCCGUGGCCGAUACAGGCGGAGAAUGAACCCUCAAGUCACUCUUGAUCAAUGGAGAAAAGGGGCCCAAUGGUUCGAGAUGGACCGAGACCUUGCCAUCGAAGUUGUUUCAGACCAAACAUAUUUUCCAGUUUUCCAAAAGCAUUGCAAGGGCGCUUGCUAUGCUGAUGAACAUUACUUGCCAACAUUUGUGACUAUGAAAUUUGGGGAGAAGAACUCCAAUAGAACUUUAACAUGGGUUGAUUGGUCCAAACGCGGGCCUCACCCAGCUAAGUUCUUAAGGACAGAGGUGACAACUGAAUUUUUGGAGAGAUUGAGGAGCGGAAGCCAUUGCCAGUACAAUGGAAAUACUACAAAUAUCUGUCACUUGUUUGCGAGAAAGUUCGCGCCCGAUGCUUUGUACAGAUUGUUAAAAUUUGCACCAAAGCUCAUGCAAUUCCAUGAAUAAUUAUUCAAUUCAUACAAAGGAAUUACCAUUCUCUAUUCUUUUUUUUUUUUUUUUAUUCAUCUGGGUAUAAACAUUGUUACGUUGGUCAUGACACCACAUAUUUGA